UACAUGUAGUGUUCACGUCUGUGCAGGCUCCGACCUAUACACGUACCUGGAAGGGCUACCAGAACGAGUAGUGAUGAUCAUUAGUGCUGACCUGGCUCACACGCACCUGCCUGAUGGACCCUACGGCUACUCCAAUACGUCGGAGCCUUUUGAUUUGGCUGUAGGUGAGUGGGCGGGGUCACUGGACGAGCAGGCGCUACUGGUCACUGCCUCGCAUUUGGUGGACAGUGCUCUCUCGUGUGGGUACACAGGCCUCGUCAUGAUGCACGGGGUGUUCUCUGCAGGAGGUCUGUUGUCAUGGCAACCGGAUCUCCUUGUCAACCAUCACCCAAGUUACUACGGCAUGAUGGUUGCGUCGAUCACAAGACGAAAUAUCGUGCAGAUGCCCUGAAUAUACAUUUGCAAAGUCAAUAUUGUACAGAAUUAGAAGAAUAUUCAUACUGGGUGAACGCCAUGAUCUCUUAACACCGUCGAGUGUAUGUGAUAAAACUGAUUAAAUGCUUUGUUGAUAAA